GUCACUUGAGGAACAAAAAUGUUAUUUGAACUACCACACAGACUCUGGAUGCAAAGUGACAUGAUUAUAUAGAUCUCAUAUAUGAUAUGAUAUUAUAAUUGUAAAAUUAAAAGGUGGACUCAAAUGAUUUCAACGAUGUUAGGUCGGUCAAACCGUCAGCGUCCUCCAACAAAUUUCUCCAAAAGAAAAUAGAAACAAAAUGAGGUUUUGAGUUUUAACCAUCUUGUCUUGUCUUGUUGAAAAAGAAAGAAAUACUCAAAACUUGAAUCCAAUUUGUUGGAUUAUUAUUUUUCACGCAAGUAAUGGGUUUUACCUUUUCCAUUUCAAACUCUCACACCAAAAACCCUUUCCACCAUUUUUUCCUUAAAAUUUAGAAUUUAAUUCCCAAUUAGCCAUGCCUGUUUCAAGAUUUUUACUCUCUUCUUCCAAACACCGUUCAACCCGUGAAGCUCUCGCUUGUCUUUUUCUUCCAAGGUGUGUUCCAUCUAACAGAACUCAAGCUGUUAGAUAUACAAAAUCUACAAAACAUAGUAAAACAAGACAUGAUCUGAAUCCUGUCUUUACUCCUCCACCACGAUCCGAGUCUUCUCGCUCAUGGGGAGCUUAUGCUGUUCCAGCUGUUGUUCUAGGAUUUGCCGGGAUUGCAGCAUUUUUUCAUUAUAAUGACGAGAGGAGAGCUGUUCCAAAAGGUCAUCAGGGGGAUAGCCGCAAUAGAAAUAUGGUCAGUGGACCCAUAAUUGGUGGUCCCUUUACACUGGUUAAUAAAGAGAAGCAAACUGUUACGGAACGGAAUUUUCUUGGCAAUUGGGUCCUCCUCUACUUUGGUUAUACCUCAUCCCCUGAUAUUGGGCCAGAACAAGUUCAACUUAUGGCUAAGGCAAUUGAUAUCUUAGAAUCAAAACAGAAUCUUAAAAUUCUACCAGUAUUUGUUACGAUUGAUCCUCAACGUGAUACUCCCUCACAACUCCGUGCAUACCUUGAAGAGUUUAACUCAAGGAUAGUAGGUUUAACUGGACCAGUUGCGGCUAUUAGGCAGAUGGCACAAGAAUAUCGUGUUUAUUUUAAAAAGGUAGAAGAGGAUGGUGGUGAUUAUCUUGUUGACAGUUCCCACAACAUGUAUUUGUUGAACCCUAACAUGGAGGUUGUGAGAUGCUUUGGAGUCGAGUAUAAUGCGGAGCAGUUGUCAGAAGCGAUAUGGAAAGAGCUGAACAAAAAACCCUCUUGAUGCUUUAGCAUAACAAUUUUGUGCUUUAAACUCACUACUAAGGGCCAUCAUUUUUUCAGCUGUUUCAUAGCAAGAAUUUUAUUUUCUAAUUUCCAAAGGUUGCGAUUUUUAUUUUAAAGUUGUGUAAAUUCUUUCAAGAUACUACUUGCUUUCUGGAAAUCUCAAUUGUCAAUUGGAUUAUUUUACUUGGACUAUAA